CAUUGCAAAGCUGAGAGAAGAGGAGGAGGUGUGGAAGAUUUUCAGGCAUAGUCUAUGUGGCGCUUGCGCAGGGAAUUGUGCAGCAGACGACAAUCGACACCACCUUCACAACCCGGCGACUCGCAGCGGAGGGGCAGUGUUGAUCACUCUCCUCUAUAAAACCUUCCUAAAUAGUGCUUUGCUUCUUGCCUACACUCCCGGUUAUGUUCGCCGUAACACCCAGAGCUGCCCUGAACCAGGCGCGGGUGGUGCUGGGAGGAAGCAUGGCUGGGCUACAGAGAGACAGGAUCGGCCAGCGGCCUUACCAUGAGCAUACCGGGGAUAACAUUUGUCCUAACAUGGUCCGUGGCAUCGACUACCUCAGGGAUCCCAGGCUCAACAAGGGGAUGGCGUUCACCCUGGAGGAGCGGCAGGUGCUGGGUCUGCAUGGCCUCAUCCCGCCGCGCUUCAAGACACAGGAGGAGCAGGUGGAUCUGUGCCGCAAGAAUAUUGAACGCUACCAGGAGCCGCUCAAUAAGUUCAUCUACUUGGCCGGCCUGCAGGACCGUAACGAGCGUCUGUUCUACCGCCUGCUGAGUGAGAAUGUUGAGGAGUACAUGCCUAUUGUGUACACCCCCACUGUGGGUCUGGCCUGUCAGAAGUUUGGCCUCAUCUUCCGGCGUCCCCGUGGGCUGUUCAUCUCCAUUCAUGACAAGGGCCAUGUUUACGAGGUCAUGAGAAACUGGCCUGAGAGUGAUGUGAGGGCCAUCGUGGUGACAGAUGGGGAGCGGAUCCUUGGCCUGGGUGACCUUGGUGUGCAGGGGAUGGGCAUUCCUGUGGGCAAGCUGUCUCUCUACACUGCACUGGCUGGCAUCAAACCCCACCAGUGCCUGCCCAUUGUCCUGGAUGUCGGCACUAACAGGAAGGAAUUGCUGGAGGACGAGUUCUACAUUGGCAACCGGCACGAGCGUGUGACAGGCGAUGCGUACGACAGUUUCAUUGACGAGUUCAUGCAGGCGGUGGUGCAGCGGUACGGCCAGAACACUCUCAUUCAGUUUGAAGACUUCGGGAACCACAAUGCCUUCAGAUUCCUUGAGAAGUACCGUGACAUGUACUGCACCUUCAAUGACGACAUCCAGGGCACAGCGUCAGUGGCAGUGGCCGGCAUCCUCGCCUCACUGCGCAUCACCAAACACAAGCUGGCAGACCACAAAUUCCUCUUCCAAGGAGCUGGAGAGGCAUCUCUGGGUAUUGCUAACCUGAUAGUGAUGGCCAUGCAAGAGGAAGGUAUAGGAGAGGAGGAGGCACGGUCCAAGAUCUGGCUGGUGGACUCCAGGGGACUGAUUGUGAAAGACAGACCCAAGGGAGGCAUCACUGGCCACAAGCAGUCCUUUGCUCACCCCCAUGAGCCAAUGGAGAGUCUGGAGGAGAUUGUGAGGGAAUUGAAACCUACUGCUCUUAUUGGUGCUGCAGCCAUUGGUGGAGUCUUUACACCUCAGCUCCUCAAGGAUAUGGCUGCCAUCAAUGAGAGGCCAGUCAUCUUUGCCCUCAGUAACCCCACUAGCAAGGCUGAGUGCACUGCCGAGGACUGCUACAAGUACACUGAGGGCCGCGGCGUGUUUGCUUCAGGCUCUCCCUUCAGUCCCGUCACUCUGAACGGCCAGACUUUCUAUCCCGGGCAGGGCAACAAUGCAUACAUCUUCCCUGGCGUGGCGCUGGGGGUCAUCUGCACAGGCAUCCACCACAUUGAGGACAGCAUCUUCCUCAUGGCUGCCAAGGCACUGGCAGACAUGGUGACAGAGGAAAACCUGAGUCAUGGCCGCCUGUACCCGCCCCUCUCAGACAUCAGAGACUGCUCCCUCAAGAUUGCUGUGUACAUUGCUGAACAUGCCUACAAGACAGGCAUUGCGUCCACGUACCCUCAGCCAAAGGACCUGUUUAAAUUCAUCGAAGACCAGCAGUACAACUACAACUAUGACAGCUGCUCAGCACUCCCCAAGACCUGGAAGUGGCCUGACCUGACCACCUUUGAUCCCAAGGCAGCCUAAGAUGGAGAGAUACUGCAUGUGCCGGGAGGAACAAUUACUAUAUACAGCAAAGUUGGCACCAACAACCUUCCUCCCAGCUUUCUCACCACCACCACCACCAUUAUCACCACCACCUUCAACCCCAAUGCUGUAUAAAGAUGAGAGAAAUAGUGUUUGUGGUGGAUGAACAGCAUUAUUAACUACAGCAACAGCAAUAGUAACAACAGCAGCCUUCCUCCCAUCCUCCUUACCACCACCACCACCACUACUACUACCACCACCACCACCACCACCACCACCACCACCACCACCACCACCACCACCACCACCACCACCACCACUUCUAUCACAAUCUUAACAUCCACGGUGGGUGUCUCAUGUUUGUUUUAACACAUCAGUUUCACCUCAGAUGAAAAUCAUGUUGACUCUGUCUCUUAACUAAUUAUUCUGAAGACAGGAAGAACAUUUUUUCCUCCUCCUCUGUCUUCACUCAUUCAAUUCAAGUCUCCCAAAAUUUAAGUCUUUUUCAUGGCUUUAAACUAGAAAUAAAGAGAACAUUUUUAGUCCUCCUCUUCACUGUAUAUAUUUGACACUUUGACACCUAGAAGUUGAUGCAUCUUAAGAAUUCCAUGAUGGGAAGAGAGAGGAAAUUCAUUCUUUACCUUCACUGAGCACUGGAACACCCAACUUUGAAUAUUUUGGGAAUUUCAUGGCAAAAGGAAAGAGAAAGUUUAGUUCCUUGUUGGUUCUUUAUUUUCUUUUAAUGAAUAGAAGACAGUGAGAACUACUUAUGUUCAGGUUGUAUGUUAUGUGACAGAAGGGGAUUAAGAGAUUUAUUAAUAAUACUCAUAAUCAUGUGGUAGAAUGUUACUGCAGGGAGAAUAGUGAAGGUUGUGGUAAGGAAAUGUUAUGGUAGGAGAAAAACAAGAAAUGUUUGGCUUGUAUGUAUGGUGUGCCCAUGUUGUGCUGUUGAAACAGAUGCAUGGCUUAAGCUUCAGGAAACAAUACAAGGAGGAAACAUUCAAACUUGUACAUAGCACUGAAUUUUGAAACAUGAGAGACAGGGAAAGUGAAUGAUGAUGAAGCUUACUUGUAUAUAACCUUGAAUACUGAGAGUGGGGAAAGUGAAAUAUUAUUCAAUCUUACCUUAGUGUGACAAUAACUCUUUCAACCUUAGAAGACAAUGAAACUGAAAGAUAUGGAGACUUGUAAAUCCCAUCACACAAGAGAGAAAAAGAAAGAAAUGAAAAAAAAAAAAAAAUAGCACUUGAACCAAAAUCAUUAGUCUUACAAUAAAUACAAAUUAGAUUGUCGUGAGACACGACACACAAAUGCAUCAAUACAUCCUUCACACUAGCAUCAACCAGCCUUGUCUGUACAAUAUAGUGCUAUUAUAUGUAUCAAUCCACAUUGCUAUCCCUUACUUACACACACACACACACACACACACACACACACACACACACACACACACACACACACACACACACACACACACACACACACACACACACACACACACACACACA